AUGCUGGGCUUCUUAGAGGAUAUGGUCAAUGUUGUCACUGGGCAUAAGGAUAGGAGAAUACAAAAAAACCGGGAGAUCCAAGCUCAACGAGAAGCAAAAGCUAAACGGGAAGCAUAAGCUCAACAGGAAGCACAAGCACAAGCACAACGGGAGUAUGAAGAGCGAAAAAGACGAUAUGAGGCUCAGGAACGAAAAGAAGCGUACUAUCGUGAGCGUAUGAGUGACUUGAGAAGCUCCGAACUAUCGCAGAGAAGAGCCGAGGAAGAACGCGCAGAUAGAGAAAGACAGGAAGCCGUGAAACAGUUACAUGAGACAAAAAUUGAGAACAAUAAGAGAGAGGAUGAACUCGUCAAAUCACAUCAAAAAGAAUAUUACGAAGCAAUGCAAAGAUCAGAUGAGGCAUUGAGAAACCAAAAAGAUGCGGAUAAUAAGGAAAUGAUGACAAGGGAGAAGAUUGAUCAAGAAAUGCGGAAACAGACCGAGCAGAAUAAAAAUCGCAUCGAGGAGAGCAUAUUUUCAAACGUCAAAGCGCGGAAAGAGGAGAACACCCGAUUUCAAGAGGAGUGUCAUAACGAGAAGAAACAAUUUGGACUGAAAGUCUUGAAGACAGCGGAAGAGAACAACGCCAUUGUUUUGAACGAAACGCAGAGAACCAAUGAAAUCAAGUUGGGUAAUGAAAAAAAUCAAAUAGAUCAUGAUUCACGAGUUUAUGAGCUAGAAGAAAGGAGUAUGGCAACAAAGAUGUGCGUCAACCAAGAACGGGAGAAAGACAGAAAAGAAGCUGUUUUCAUUGCUGUUGUCAAGAGAAUGAUCAGCGCUGGACGAGAUGUUACAGGCAAAGUCGACUCUUUGGCGGAUCACACAUUCAAACUAACGACCGGAAGUGGAGGAUCGGAUUUGGAAGGCGAUAUUGAGCUUUGUGAGCAUAUUAUUUCCAUGAUCAAUGACAAAAUAGUGAAACUACAAGAGAGUUGCUUGGAUAUUUCAAACUCCAACAACACCGAUCAUUCCAUGGUUGAACAAGUGCAGAAAAAAGCUGAAGAGAUUAAAGAGUCUGCACGGGAGAUUCAAAAACAUUUAGCACAAUUUCAAGCUUUGUUAUCAAACGAUUCGAAUACCGAAUCGCUAAACCUAUUCCAAAACGUUCAAGCCGAAAGUGAGAGCCUGAAAAAGAUGAUUAAAUUGAUACCAGCUGUCACUCAAACCAAUCACGCAGAAACGUAUCUAAGAAAACAAAGAGAAACACUAGCUCUUGGCACUGGAAAGGAUCAUUCGAGUGUUGCAGCAAAAGGCAAAGUUCAAGCAUCUUUGAAGGACAAGAAAUGA